ACCAUUUUAAAUUUGUAUUUAUAGGAAGUAACAUAGAAAUGUGUUAUUAAUUAUAUGAAUUCAUUUUAUAUAAUUUAGUAAUAUCAAAAUUAUAUUUUUAUUUAUCGAAUAUUUAAAAAAAAAAAAGAGUAAAUAAAUAAAUGGGAACAUCGGUGUCACUUGGAACCGGAAGUUGAUUCCACGACUGUCUCUCCACAACAAAACUCUGCAGACGAAACCGGAAGUACUCGGGGAUUGUCGUCUCGCUCCAGCCCGGCCCUCUGCGCUGUCGUCCAAGAAUGGCGGCUGCGGGAAUAAACAAGCAGGGCACCGUGGUGACGAUGGAGCCCUGCUUUCGACACGGGAGGGGCGCGAAUGGAAACACCGUUAAGGUGCUGGAGUGCGGAGUUUGUGAGGACGUCUUCUCCCUCCAAGGCGACAAGGUCCCGCGCCUGCUGCUCUGCGGGCACACGGUGUGCCACGACUGCCUGACCCGGCUGCCCCUGCACGGCAGAGCGGUCCGCUGCCCCUUCGACAGACAGGUCACGGAGCUGGGAGAUUCUGGCGUUUGGGGCCUAAAAAAGAACUUUGCGUUGCUUGAACUCUUGGAGCGACUCCAGAAUGGAGCCACCAACCAGUCGGGAAUGUCUGAGGACGCCCUGAAGGGCAUGGGAGAAUGUAUCAUUCGGUGCGACGAGGACGAGAGCCACACCGCCUCCAUGUACUGCACCGUGUGCGCCACCCACCUGUGUGCCGAGUGCUCCCAGCUCACCCACUCCACUCGCACGCUGGCCAAGCACCGCCGCGUGCCGCUGGCCGACAAGCCUCACGAGAAGAUGCUCUGCCCUCAGCAUCAGGUCCACGCCAUCGAGUUCGUGUGCCUGGAGGAGGCGUGUCAGUCGGGGCCUCUCAUGUGCUGCGUCUGCAAGGAGUACGGCAAGCACCAGGGACACAAGCACACUCUCCUGGAGUCUGAGGCCAACCAGAUCCGAGCGUCCAUCCUGGACAUGGCCCACUGCAUCCGCACCUUCACAGACGAAGUAUCCGAGUACUCCAGGAAGCUGGUGGGCAUCGUGCAGCAGAUCGAGGGUGGAGAGCAGAUCGUAGAGGACGGAGUGGGCAUGGCGCACACCGAGCACAUUCCCGGCACAGCAGAGAGCGCGCGCUCCUGCGUCCGGGCUUACUUCUCGGACCUCCACGAGACUCUGUGCCGGCAGGAGGAGAUGGCGCUGAGCGUGGUGGACGCCCACGUUCGCGAGAGGCUCAUCUGGCUGAGGCAGCAGCAGGAGGACAUGACCAUCCUGCUGUCGCAGGUCUCCACCGCCUGCCUGCACUGCGAGAAGACGCUUCAGCAGGACGACUGCAGGGUGGUUCUGGCAAAGCAGGAGAUCAGCUGUUUGCUGGAGACGCUUCAGAAGCAGCAGCACCAGUUCACCGAGCUGGCAGACCACAUUCAGUUGGACGCCGGCAUCCCCGUCACCUUCACCAAGGACAACCGAGUUCACAUUGGGCCAAAGAUGGAGAUCCGGGUGGUGACUCUGGGGCUCGACGGGGCCGGAAAAACAACCAUUCUGUUCAAGCUGAAGCAGGACGAGUUCAUGCAGCCCAUCCCAACCAUCGGCUUCAACGUGGAGACCGUCGAGUACAAGAACUUGAAAUUUACCAUUUGGGACGUUGGUGGAAAGCAUAAGCUGAGACCGCUCUGGAAACACUACUAUCUCAACACUCAAGCGGUGGUGUUCGUCAUCGACAGCUGCCACCGGGACCGGCUCAUGGAGGCCCACAGCGAGCUGGCCAAACUGCUGACGGAGAAGGAGCUGCGAGACGCCCUGCUGCUCAUCUUUGCCAACAAACAGGACGUCCCCGGCGCCGUGUCGGUGGAGGAGAUGACGGAGCUGCUGAGCCUGCACAAGCUGUGCUGUGGGAGGAGCUGGCACAUCCAGGGCUGCGACGCCCGCAGUGGGAUGGGCCUCCACGAGGGGCUGGACUGGCUCUCCAGACAGCUGGUGGCUGCUGGGGUUCUGGACGUGGCGUGAAGGUCACCCAGCCGGCUCAUUGGCUCCCUCACAUGUAUCUCUCCUUCUUUGUGAGCAAAGGAAAGACUGCUGGAGACGCUUUACAUCCCAUCAUUGCGAUUUCUGUGCCGUCCGGCCUUCUAACCCCACAGCUUUGCUUUGGUUCUUUGCUUGGCUUCUCCUGACAGUGUGGACUGAACUCUUCAUCCUCAUCAACCUUUUGUUGCUUCCUGAACAGCAGAGUGAGGCCUGCUGGCUGCAUCCUGAUGUGAAGCUGCCUCUGAGCAAAGCCGACGUCUGACUGGUUCCCCUUGUGGGAUGGACUGAAAGCUGGACUGGGAGCAGCAGAGCGCUUUCUGUUACAGAACUAGUUUACCGUUUGUGAGGAGGAAGACGGAGGUGUUUGUUUUUGCACAAAGAUUUCAUUUGACGCACUUAUCGGCUGCUUUGGUGAGGGCUUUCCUCUGGAGCCAAAUGAACCAUCUGCUGGUUUUGAUGUGAGUUUUCUGCAGCAUUUACAAAAGAAACAAAGAAACUUCCUGUUAACAUCUCAACCAGCUCCUGUUUCUGUCCAGAGUGCUUCAGAGAUGGUGCACCUUCAACCCGCCUUCAGUAAUAAUCGUGAUGUGAACCGUAGAACAUGAAACCCAACAAACACUGACUCUUAUUAAGGAACCAUCGUUUGAGUUUGGUCUUUAUUCAUUGCUAUGUAAUGUUGUUGUAUCUAUGUAUCAAAGUACAAAUAAAACGCGCACGAGAGAGAAGCCGUUCUGCAGCUGGAGAAAACACCUGUUUGAUCUCUGAACCUUCAAGCACAAUGCGCUUUGAAGCUUUUGAAGCAUUCGAAGCUUUGAAGCUUUUAAAGCCUCAAAGGUUUUGAAUCUUUGCAGCUCAUGAAACCUCAAACCUUUCAAAGCCUCAACGCUUUAGAAGUCUUGAAGCUUUUGAAACCUUGCAGCUCAUGAAACCUCAAACCUUUCAAAGCUUUAGAAGUCUUGAAGCUUUUGAAGCCUCAAAGCUUUUGAAACCUUGCAGCUUACGAAACCUCGAAACUUUCAAAGCCUCAAAGCUUUACAAGUCUUGAAGCUUUUAAAGCCUCAAAGCUUUUGAAUCGUCAAACCUUUCAAAGCCUCCAAGGUUUAGAAGCUUUAAAGGGUACAAAACCUUUGAAGCUUUCAAAGCUUUAGAAGCCUUGAAUGUCUUAAAACUUUUGAAUGUGUGAAACUUAGUCUCAAAGCUUUUGAAUCCUUGAAGGUUUAAAAGCCUUGAAGCUUUUGAAGCCUCAAAGCUUUUGAAGCCUUGAACCUUUCAAAGCCUGGAAGCUUUAGAAGCCUUUACAUGUACGCAACCUUUGAAGCCUAUAAAGCUUCAAAACUUUAAAAUCCUUGAAGCAUACAAAACCUUUGAAGCGUUCAAAGCCUUGAAGCUUUAAAAGCUUUGAAGCCUCAAAACCUUGACACCUUUGUCACAGUUAAGUCGGCUUUUGUAAAUGAUGCAGAAUGUGUAAAAUAAACUAUUGAUCCAUUCAA